AUGUCCAUCAUAGCUCUUUCCUCCGGCGAGCCUACGUGCACCCUCGAUGACCUCCGAACCAUCUGCGACGCGAACAAUUCCUCCCUCGAGCAUGGAAGUCUGGACGAGACCGCGUUCCUCCUCUUCGCGAACAGUUUCGAUGCUGUGUGCCAGACGAUUCAGGACUUGCCAGAUGGAUGGUGGGAAGCGUUCGUACUGUCGACCAAGCCAAGAGGAAAAUCCACUGAAUGGGGGGGAAGGGCGCAUAAGACAACGUUGACGACCGUCAAUGCUAAGAGUUCUCUUCUCGCUGACCGGACAGUCGUGUUCAAGGACAACGUCUCUGUGGGCGGUCUGCCACUUGGAUUGGGGUGCUCACCAAAACAUUUCAAAGACGGGAAGCACCCAAUCAGCACCAUCGACGCAACAGUUGUAAGCAGGGUUCUAGCAGCAAGAGGAAUCGUCAGGGGCACUGCAACCUGUGAGAUUUUCUCGGCAUUCGCCCUCAGCUUCACAUCGGACUCUGGUGUUGUUCACAAUGCGUGGUUGCCCGGCUAUGCGACUGGAGGCUGCAGCAGUGGCUGCGGUGCGUUGGUCAGCGUGGGUGAUGUCGAGCAGGCACGAAAGAGCGCGAAAGAUCUCAGGACAUAUGCGCUGGGUGAAGGUGUCGAUAUGACAAUAGGUGGUGAUCAAGGAGGGAGUAUCAGACUGCCUGCUAGCUACAGCGGGAUCUUCGGACUCAAGCCUACCUACGGUCUUGUACCAUAUACUAGCAUUGCACCACCACUGUGUCCUAUGAUUGAUCAUACUGGCCCAAUGGCAAGGAUAAUUGAAGAUGUGGCUUUACAUCUGACCGUGCUCGCAGGAUAUGACGGCAUCGACCCUCGCAUGACACCAGAAUCACCGAUGCCUUCGCAAGUUUCAGACUACCUUGGUGACCUGAAAGCUUGGAUAUCUCAAAAAGAUACUGCACACGAGUGGACACUUGACUCGGCGGCGAAAGGUCUUCGCGCCGGCGUGCUAAAAGAGUCGUUCGAGGUUGCCGGCCUUGACGCAGCUGUGGCAGCAACAGUCAGCUCAGCUGCCGAUCGCUUCGUUGCUCUAGGAGCCGAUGUCAAAGAGAUCUCGAUACCAAUGCACAAAUAUGGUCCCGCGAUCUGGACAAUUGCGACACGAUCUUUCAUGCCGCAUUACAUUGGCAACAGGCCCGGAGACCUUCUCUCGCAUCCCCUGCCUGGUUCAGAUCCCGCACCAGUCGAUCAGACCUUUUACGACAUCCUUUCGAAUCACAAUCCUGCUGUCGUCAAUGUACUCAUGAAUGCAGCACACAUCGAACACAAAUACGGCCCAGCACUUGUACGCAAAGCUCACAUGCACUUCGAGCAGCUUACGACAGGGCUUUCGAAGAGGUGGACGUAUUGCUGA